GCAGGCUCAUUCCGGCGCUGCGUAAAAGCGACGCUGCUGCGCUCUCGGGUGGCAAAAAAAACCUUCACCAGCAUUAGACCCAGCACUCCGCCGAGUCUUUCCCUUUAGUAGCAAGAGCAAACACGAGCUGGCCAAAACGGCGGCGCCAUGGCACAAGCCGCGAAACACCUGCGCAAGAACAAGGAUUUAGAGGCUCAAGCGGAGCAGGAGAGGAAAGAGAAGGAGGAGAAGAAGGAGGAGGAGAGGGCGAAGAGGAGGAGCCGCUCGCGGGACAAGAAGCGCAAGGCCCACGCUGUUCACCGCUGGCUAAUCGAUCAGGACAAUAGUGUGAGCUCUGAGCUUCCGGAUGGCCAGGGAGUGUGGCACUAUGAUGAAACAGCUGAUGCUGCCACCAGUUUCUUACGUGCUGCCCGAUCAGGUAACCUGGACAAGGCUCUGGACCACAUCAAGAAUGGCAUAGAUGUCAACACAGCCAAUCAGAAUGGACUCAAUGGGUUACAUCUGGCCUCGAAAGAGGGUCAUGUUAAAAUGGUGCUGGAACUACUGCACAAUGGCGUCGAACUUGAGACCACCACAAAGAAAGGCAACACUGCCCUCCACAUUGCUGCAUUGGCUGGACAAGAACAAGUGGUCACUGAGCUGGUUAACCAUGGAGCCAAUGUCAAUGCGCAGUCCCAGAAGGGCUUCACUCCCCUCUACAUGGCAGCACAAGAGAAUCACCUAGAGGUUGUGAAGUUCCUUUUGGAGAACGGAGCCAAUCAAAGCAUUCCAACUGAGGAUGGCUUUACCCCACUAGCUGUGGCUCUUCAGCAGGGUCACGAGAACGUAGUGGCCCUGCUCAUUAACUAUGGCACUAAGGGAAAGGUCCGCCUCCCCGCGCUGCACAUAGCAGCACGCAAUGAUGACACACGCACUGCCGCCGUACUUCUACAAAAUGACCCCAAUCCUGAUGUACUCAGUAAGACAGGCUUCACGCCACUCCAUAUUGCAGCACACUAUGAGAACCUAAAUGUCGCCCAGUUGCUGCUGAACAGAGGAGCUAACGUGAACUUCACUCCCAAGAAUGGGAUUACACCUCUGCACAUUGCAUCCAGGAGGGGUAAUGUGAUCAUGGUCAGGCUUCUGCUGGACCGAGGAGCAACAAUUGAUGCUAAGACUAAAGAUGAGCUGACCCCACUUCACUGUGCUGCCAGAAAUGGCCAUGUUAGGAUUAUUGAGAUCCUGCUGGAACAAGGAGCCCCCAUACAAGCCAAGACCAAGAAUGGUCUCUCCCCAAUUCACAUGGCGGCUCAGGGGGACCACAUGGACUGUGUGCGACAGCUCUUGCAGUAUAAUGCUGAGAUUGAUGAUAUAACAUUAGACCACCUGACACCACUACAUGUGGCAGCACACUGUGGGCAUCACCGCAUGGCCAAAGUGCUGCUGGACAAAGGAGCCAAACCCAACACCCGUGCACUGAAUGGCUUCACACCUCUCCACAUAGCCUGUAAGAAAAAUCACAUCCGUGUGAUGGAUCUACUCCUAAAACACUCAGCAUCCUUGGAAGCUGUGACAGAGUCGGGGCUCACCCCUCUUCAUGUCGCCUCCUUUAUGGGCCAUCUCAACAUAGUGAAGAUUCUGCUGCAGAAGGGAGCCUCUCCAAAUGCCUCAAAUGUGAAAGUGGAAACACCCCUGCACAUGGCAUCUCGAGCAGGUCACUGUGAAGUUGCAGAGUUUCUGUUACAAAAUACAGCUCCGGUGGAUGCCAAAGCCAAGGAUGACCAGACGCCAUUGCACUGCGCCGCCCGCAUGGGCCACAAAGAGCUAGUGAAGCUGUUGCUGGAGCACAAGGCCAAUCCUAAUUCCACUACCACGGCCGGACACACUCCACUACACAUUGCUGCCAGAGAGGGACACACACAGACUGCCCGUAUCCUGCUCGACAUAAAUGCCCAACAGACCAAGAUGACCAAGAAAGGCUUCACCCCCCUCCAUGUGGCAGCAAAGUAUGGGAAGGUGGAUGUUGCAGAGUUGCUUCUCGAGAGAGGGGCAAACCCUAAUGCUGCAGGCAAGAAUGGGCUCACACCAUUGCAUGUGGCUGUUCAUCACAACAAUCUGGACGUGGUCAACUUACUGGUUAGCAAGGGCGGAUCACCACAUAGUGCAGCAAGAAAUGGCUACACUCCUCUCCAUAUUGCAUCCAAGCAGAACCAGGUGGAGGUUGCCAGUAGCCUGCUGCAGUAUGGUGCCUCCGCCAAUGCUGAGUCAUUGCAAGGGGUCACGCCCCUGCACUUGGCCUCUCAAGAGGGUCGAGCAGAUAUGGUUUCCUUGCUCAUCUCCAAGCAAGCUAAUGUUAACCUAGGCAACAAGAGUGGCUUGACUCCACUUCAUCUUGUUGCCCAGGAGGGUCAUGUGGGCAUUGCUGACAUUCUGUUGAAGCAGGGUGCAUCAGUGUAUGCUGCUACACGGAUGGGCUAUACUCCACUUCACGUGGCUUGUCAUUAUGGCAAUAUAAAAAUGGUGAAAUUCCUCUUACAGCAGCAGGCCAAUGUUAAUAGCAAGACGAGGGCGGGAUAUACACCUCUUCACCAGGCUGCCCAGCAGGGCCACACUGACAUUGUGACGUUACUUUUGAAACAUGGUGCACAGCCCAAUGAAAUUACUACUAAUGGCACAUCUGCACUGGCCAUUGCAAAGCGGCUUGGAUAUAUCUCAGUCAUUGAUGUCCUUAAACUGGUUACUGAAGAAACAGUUACCAUGACCACCACUGAAAAACAUCGGAUGAGUUUCCCUGAGACAGUUGAUGAGAUCUUGGAUGUUUCUGAGGAUGAAGGAGUCGCACAACUAACGCUAGGCGAGGAGCUGCUGGGGACAGAAGGUGCCAGGUACUUGAAGAUGGACGACAUGAAGGACCAUGAUGAAGAUUUCCUCUCCCCCAAGCCAGUGCUAGAAAACUACUCACCUGCUCUUCCAAGGAUUCCUUGUGUCUCCCCUGAAACUGUCAUGUUGAAAGAGCAUGAAAUGGAGCAGCAGCACACCCCUAUCCCGAUGCCCAAAGAUUAUGAUGAAGACUCUCUGAUCCCCAGCAGUCCAGCCACAGAGACUUCAGAUAACGUCAGUCCAGUGGCCAGCCCCAUCCACACUGGCUUCCUGGUCAGUUUUAUGGUGGAUGCUAGAGGUGGCUCAAUGCGAGGAAGCAGACAUAAUGGUCUGCGUGUCAUUAUCCCACCACGGACAUGUGCCGCCCCCACGCGCAUCACCUGCCGCCUAGUCAAGCCCCAAAAGCUGUCCACUCCACCCCCCUUGGUGGAGGGCGAAGGACUGGCCAGCCGAAUCAUCUCCCUUGGGCCAGCUGGCAUGCAGUUCUUGGGGCCUGUGAUUGUGGAGAUCCCUCAUUUUGCAGCUCUUGGUCGGGGAGACAGAGAGCUGGUGGUGUUGAGGAGCGAAAACGGUUCUGUCUGGAAGGAGCAUCGCAAUCGUUAUGGCGAUGAAGUGUUGGAGACGAUUUUAAAUGGCAUGGAUGAAGAUUUAGAAAGUCAGGAGGAGCUUGGGAAGAAGCGUAUCAGGCGCAUCAUCUCUACUGACUUUCCCCUCUACUUUGCUGUGGUCUCCCGCAUCCAGCAGGAGAGUGAAUUGAUUGGCCCGGAGGGGGGUCACCUGAUCAGCAAAAUUCUACCCAUGGUUCAGGCCAGCUUUCCUGAGACAGCCGUCACCAAGCGGGUUCGUCUGGGACUGCAGGCUCAGCCGGUCCCUGAUGAAUUAGUGGCUAAGCUGCUGGGUAACCAGGCCACUUUCAGCCCUGUGGUGACAGUAGAACCAAGGCGCCGCAAGUUCCAUCGGCCCAUCGGCCUGCGCAUCCCCCUGCCCCCCUCCUGGAGGGAAAGCCCACGGGACGCCGGCGAGGGAGACACGACCAGCCUUCGCCUGCUUUGCAGUGUCAUUGGUGGCACUGCCCCAGCCCAAUGGGAGGAUAUAACUGGCACCACCAAGCUCAUAUAUGCCAAUGACUGUGCCAAUUUUACCACCAAUGUGUCUGCACGUUUCUGGCUAGCUGACUGUCCUCGAACUGCAGAAGCAGUUUCCUUUGCCAACCUACUGUACCGUGAGCUAUCAGCUGUGCCAUACAUGGCCAAAUUCGUAGUCUUUGCUAAGAUGAAUGAGGCAAGGGAAGGCCGAUUACGCUGCUACUGCAUGACUGACGACAAGAUGGACAAGACCUUGGAGCAGCAUGAGAACUUCACUGAAGUGGCCCGCAGCAGAGACAUUGAGGUGAUGGAGGGCAUGCCAUUACACUUGGAAUGUUCCGGUAACUUGGUCCCCAUGAGGAAGGCUACCCAACAGCCCCGCUGUUUUAGUUUCCAGGCAUUUAGAGACAACAGACUUCCUGUCUCUGUGAAGGUGAGAGACAGCAGUAAAGACCCAGCCGGUUUCUUGUCUUUUUUGCGCAAGUCUACCAAAUAUGAGGACAGCCAGCAAGUACUCUGUAACCUUAAUAUUACCAUGCCACCAUGCAUAAAGAUCAUAGGUGGUGAGGACCGAAGGAGGACACUGACUCCUUUGGCCCUUAGAGAGAGAUACAGUGCUCUCAAUGAACCAAGUAUGGCAUCAAUGAGCGCCAUGGAAAGGACGGAGUUAAAGAUGGCUUUAAUAGCUGAACAGCUGGGACUGAGCUGGGCUGAGCUGGCUCGAGAACUCCAGUUCAGUGUGGAUGACAUUAACAAGAUUCGCGUGGAAAACCCCAAUUCACUCCUCGAGCAAAGCUCGGUGCUGCUUAACUUGUGGGCUAGCCGAGAAGGAAAGAGGGCCAAGAUGGAGAGCCUGUUCAUGGCUCUGAAGAGCAUUGACCGAAUGGAUAUUGUGAACAUGCUGGAGGGACAAGGGCAACAGACAGGUCAGCAGGGAGGUCAUGAAAUGUCCAGACGCAGACACAAUGACCGAGACCACCUCUCUCCUGGCAUGACAAAUGGUUAUGGGCUGGUGAUGCAGGAGGAGCUGCUCUCGCCGGCCUCCAUGCAGUAUAGCCUGCCCUCUCCACUGGGCCAUGAGCCCUACUGGCAGGAAGUAUCGAGCAUGGAGUGCGCACCUAUCGCCACCACAGAGGAGGAUACACUUAUGGAGAUGUCCGAAGUGCAGGUGUGGCCCACGGGCAACAGCCCCUCACUAGUGACCGUUGAGGACUCCUCGCUUGAAUGCAGCAAUGCAGACGACUCAGAAGGCCUGCUCUAUGGAAGCCUCGGGAGACCAGGGAGUGUGACACCAGGUGGUGGACGUGUUCCCAGGGGGCUGGGUGGCACUGGAGGCCUGAGUGGCUCUAUUGAGCUGCUGGAGGACCAGUCUAUUGGGGCGGACUCCGAGCACAGUGCUGCUGCCACCCCUGGUACAAGCGGAGGGGUCAACAUCAAUGGGCUGGACAGAGGUCAAGGGUUGGAGAUGGACGAGAAGGCAGCAGAGGCAGGCAGGAGCAUUUCUGGAGGAGCAAAAGGGGGCAUGGGAGGAGGAGGAGAUGGCACAGGCUUAGAGGAAGGCUUGUCUCUCAUUACAGGGCAGCAGAGGGUUUAUGCUCGAAUGAGUGAGUCACCUGGGCUUAGCCGAGUAGCUGAUCGCGAUGGUGACAGAUCAAGUGGGGGUUCUUUCCUGUCAUACCUCCAGGACCAAGCUAGCCCUGGAUGGCACACUGUACCAGAUCCUAUCCAGAACUGGGUGGGAACUUCUAAGUCCCCCAGUCCCAGGCAGGCCAUGGAGUCCAUGAUGUCAUCAGUGCAGGCGGCAGUGGAUGGAGAUCCAAGUCAAUCUCACCUGUCCCAGGAAGCCUUGCUCCAGCCAGUGCGGGAUAUGGGGCACUCUGAGAUACUGAGAGGGCAUUUUAGGGGAACCCAGCCUUUUGAGAAGGGCUUAGGUUUUCCCCACAGAGUACCUGAACUUCAGGGAUGGGAAGAGAUGCGUCUCAGAGGACAGGGUGAUGAGGCCAAGGAUCUUCCUGGAGAGCAAGUGAGGGAGGAGCAGUUUACAGAUGAGCGUGGCAACAUCGUCACCAAAAAGAUCGUGCGGAAGGUGGUUCGGAGGGGGAAGGAUGAGGAGGGGGGUCAGGAGCUCAUUAUAGAAGGACUGCCACAGGAAGUGGAUGAGCUGGACGGUGACGCUGAGCAGUUCACGAGCUACGCUGUGCUGGGCCGAGAAAGCAUGCCGGAGGUUGUGGAUGUGAAGAAGGGUGGGGCUCAGAUAGUGAAAUGUGCCACUCUGCGGAGAGUAAAGCAGUGAGCAAGGACUUGUCUCCUACACCAAAACCUUUUCUCGUAGACACAUGAUGGGCAGCAAGCGCUGAAGAAAAGUGGAAACUGGAGAGUUUGAAAGCAGGCAGACACCAGUACCAAUAGAUGGCUUUUAUGACGUCUUUUUAAAACAUACCUAAAACAAGAACUAGGCUAGAGGCAUGAUUUCAUAUUAAACGAAAACUGAACCUAGAAAAAAAAAAAACAAAGCAUCCGGAAAGUGCUUCCUAUAAUCUUCUGUAUCAGCAUGUGAGUGCUGUCGCAUGGCCUGCCUUUACCUACACCACAGACAGCGAAGGAUUAUGAGACUCACGAUUGUUUAAGGGCAUGGAAAGUGACAAGAGUUAGCCCCACAGAGUGGGUCAGGGAUUUUUGGGGCUGUCAGAACCAGGAUGUCAGCCCAGAAUGUUGUAUUUUAGAAAGAACAAGGUUCACAAGGGAUAUGCAAAAAGCUAGUACAAACACAUAGCAACAUCAAAAAAGCAACAGUUCUCCCUCCAACUCUUACGAAUUUGAGUCUUCCAAUAAAAAUGCAUUGUAGCUCAUUCUAAUGUAGAACUUCUGAAUAUUAUUACACUUGGAAAGAAUUUUCCUUCUAGCACUUGGUACUGUACAUAAUGCAGUAUAUGCACUCAAAUACUACAUGAAUGUUCAUUGUGUCUGUGGGUGUGGUUUAUGUUACAGCCGAAGAAGAAAAAAAAGAAACUGUAUUCUAACAAAAUGCGAUGAGGAUGCUGCUGAUGUCCUGAUAACUUCUCUGCCCUCGUUCCUGUUUGGUUCAGAUGUAUAAUGUCAAUAUCCAAAUAGCUGCUUGAGACAGAUUUUGGGAAUGAUGUUCUGCUUGUGUGCUUUUUAAAUGUCCAUAUGCUGCACCUGAGGUUUUUUGCUGCUUUUUUAUGUUUUGUUUCCUCAUUUUUAUGUUUGUCUCUCCACCCGGGAAAAACAGUGAAGGGAUUGUCUGCCAUAGAUAUUAUUUUUGGAUGGAGCGCUGCUCUUCAAUUGCCUUUCUUUGAGAUACAUAGUGGACAAGAGGUUUAUGGAGGGAAUUAUUACUUGCAAGUAGCAUAGCAUGAGUGAAAGAAUGUUAACUUCUAGUCAUGAGUGAGCACACACAUACACAAACACAAAACUGACAAACACUUCUGUUCAGUGCAUAUGUAGCAACCAAGUCUUCCAUUACAAAAGAUAUCAGUAGCUCAGGUUUAGUUUUCCUGUAAAAGAUGCUGUGUCCUAUACCGGGAAGGCAAUAUGAAUAGAUUUGGCCACUGGCCAAGAAACUUUCAUUAGGUAUUUCUUUUUGUCUUAUAUUUUUAUAUUUAACAUUGGCAAUACACAGAGAUGACAUUACUCUACAAGGAAUAGGAGUAUUAUCAGAGAGAUUUUUAAAAAACCAUGAACCAUCUAUUAAGUUCUUUUUUAUAGAAACAAGAUUACAUAUAAAUACUGCUGUCAGCAACCACCUGGAUGCAAUAGACAUCAAAUUGCAGGGGUGUGCCUGUGGUUACCUAUGUACCCAUGUGCAUGGAGGGACAUUAUUCCAAGAUAUUCCAAGUCUAUUUCUAAAAAUAAUUUGUUAUUUACCCAUAUUGUAUUAUUAAGGUGUAAUCGAGUAACUGAUUGGGACAUGUACAAUAAGAUGUAUUUGUGGCAAGUGCUGGAAAUCUUUUAUUUUGAACAUCUGCCUAAGUGUGAAAGUUCAGUAUCAGUUUUUCUAUUCACCAGUUGCAUAGUGUAUGUAAUAAUUUGUCAUCUGUUUAUUGCAUACUUCUCUUUUUUAAGGCUGAAUGUUUUGGGACACCAAAAGUUACAAAACCAAAUCAAAAUAAGAUAAAAUAAGAAAGUGACAUUAAAGAUCCAUUGACAUUAUUCCCAGUAAAGUUUUUUAAGGAAGUAUGGAAUAGCAUUUCAAAACAAGUAUGACAUAGUUAUCCUCACUGGGCAUUUUUCUGUGUUGGUAUAUAUCUUCAGCAGUUUGAUUCUAUUUUCUUGUAGCUGCAUAACAAGUUGGGGUAAUCUUGUGUCAGGAACUCAAACUGAGCAGCCAUUCUCAUAGUAGACUAGUAUAUAUGUUGAUGUGUGUAAUGUUGCAAAUACUGACAGUCUUCUCAGUGCUAUUUUUCUUUAUUGAGCUCAGCACAGACACUUAGCAACUAAACACUGUGACUAGACUGUAGCACUGUCCCAGCAAAGGCACACUACACCAACACACACAUAUACUCACGCACACAGACAUUUCUGUGCUGUCAGACACAGUUCCACACAGGAACCUUCCUAAUGUAGCUUUUAAGGAUAGAAGAUAUUAUAACCUCAAUCGUUUAGAGCGGAUGCUAGACCAAAACUUGCAAACACUCUCUUAUAAAUAUAUAGACCUCAGAUCUCUCCCCACAAUGAGGUAGCUCAUACAAGUUCUGUGUUAAUUGUGUCAUUGUGGGAGUGUAGCUAUAUUUUUUCGUUUUUUGUCCCCUUCUGAGGAAGGCAAGGGGAUUUUCUGUGACAACUCACCUACUGCUUUAUUUCCAUGAAAAAUAUUAAGAAAUAGCUUCUAUUUACCUCAUGUAACCAUGUAAAAUUUCAAAACUGUGCUCCGAAUCACUUUUGAGUUCAGAAUUUUUAAAGGUUGUCCCAUCAGGUUUUAAAUCAUGUUUUACAUUAGUUUAUGCUGUUGGAGUAUGUUAACAUGAAAUGGUUUAACUAAAAAUUAAAUAUUAAUCUCACUGUUGUGUUUAUAAAUAGUUAACAUUUCAGAUCAGUUCAGUCAUUGUGUAAGCUCAGAAUUUAAAGGACUCAUAUUAUGGAAAACUGCCAUUUCUCUCAUGCUUUUUAAUAAAUUUGAAAGUGUGAACUAAUAUGUAAACAUUGUUACAGUUUCAAAAUGCACCGUUCACUACCCAGUCCAUAUGGUCUUCCUAUGGAAAUUAAGCUGCAAAAACAGCCUGUUUUGAAUUCAUUGUUUUUAUGAUGUCAUGAGAACUCAUUUACAUAUAUAGCAGUUUAGCCCAGCCCCUGUAUGUUGAGCCCCUGUAUGUCUAAUAGAUCUAAUAUGUCUUACAAAAGUCGUAUGUCAGUCUUAAAGGCACAAUAUCAAACACAGCCUGUUUAAUUGAUGAAAAAUGAAUUAUGACCAUUUUUGUAAUUUAAUUAGGCAGAAAAAAAAUACAAGAAAAAUGUAGGAUACAGGCCUUCAAAUAUGCAUAACUAUGGAACUAUUUGGAGCAAAGUUUUGAAGUUUUUUUUUUUUUACAGGAACAACGUAACAGGUAAACAGGUGAACUGUAGGUAGAAUGGAAAAUUCCACCCCUGAAUUUCAAAAAUACCUAUUCCACCUAUUCCAAAAAUAAAGAUAGGGCUGUACUGGUGUAGGUAGUGCAGCAUCAUUUAUGUUUAUACUUUUUUUAAUACAGAAAGGAUGUGAGCUCACUCUUACUCAGUCCACAUAUUUAGACGAAAUAAUCAGAAGAAAAUCUGAGAGGAACUGAUUUAGUUUCAAAUUGUCCAGUGCCAUUCACAGAUCAAGGAUUUUUCCUUCAUCCACCAAUGGAUUUAGGGUUUGAUCUUUUUGAUCUUCUUUACUCAUAAAGUAAAUUAUGUCCAAAUGAAGGUAUCUUAUCCUAAAACUAUGCUUAUCGUCAUUUAUAACCCCAUCACACACAUGAAUGCACCAUAAAACCCUAGUGCCGAAACAGCUUUCAGAGAAAUGUGACAUAAGAAAUAUAUCAGGCUGGACAGCUCACAUUAGAGCAGUCCUCUGAGGAUUAUGCAAACAACCCAGUAUUGUAUUUUACUUGGAAAUGUAGCAUUACCCACAAAUAGACAUGAUGUCAGAACAUAUUACCUGUUCAUUGCCUAGAGCACUGUACCUCAUAUCUUAGUUGAAUGUAACAAUAUUAGACUCCUUACAAGCAUAUUCAGCAAAUUUCCAGUUAAGUAAGAGCCUGUACAUUAGGGUAUAAUAUAUGAAUCCUAUUAUCACAAAAAUGUUUAACUCCCAACAAACCCUCAUCAAAAGAGUUACGAAAACUAAAACCAAACUGACAUUAAAUGGCAUAUCAACGGGCUAGUUAUGCUUACAUGAGCAUUGAGGAAUAAGGUAUUAUAGAUUUGUUUUUGAAAGGUAGUAUUGCGAAAGGCACAAAAGGCAUCUCAAACACACUGAAGUGGUCAGGUAAAAUAUUCCACAAUGUAUUAAAUGAUACCCACUAUCAAUAAGUAAGGCCAUCUUUUUACCAGUCUUCUCACCGGCUAUGCCAAAAAAUCUGUUGAAUAGUACAUAUAUAAAUGCAUACAUUUCUGUUGUAUGAAUACUAUAGAUAUGUACAGUUUAUUUGUUGUAUUUUCCAAUAGAACGCCAAACUUGGAAAACACAAAACUGUUGAAAGGUUAUAAUGCUGUCAGUUAACCAAUGUAUGUAGUGAAAAUAUUGCAAAAUUAUUCUGUGCAGCUGAACUUAUUUAUUGACAUCAUUAUAUGGUAAUAAUAAUUACUGUAUCCAAGCUGGCUGCCAUGUUUAUCAACACAUUUAUUACCUAGAGAGAAUGUUAUUGAUAUCCCUAACCAGGGCACAUUUACUAUAUCCAAAGUUUCCCAACAUUUUAAAUACAAUUACAUAGAGAUAAUGUCAUUGAUAUAUUCAUAACAAUACUCAAAAACAAUACUUACAAUCUAAAACAUUGUUUUGUGAACAACAAAUUUACAAAUUGCAAUUACUUGUCAUGCUUACCCAUUUUUCCUUUUCUGUACUUUAUUUAAUCAAUUUUGUAUGUCCAUGAACAAGUGAUGUACAAAACUUAUUUUUAUUUAUUUUGAGAUUAUUUUAAUUGCCAUUUUGAAAGAAAAUCUUUUUAAUAGACUCAUAACACUACUAUGGUAGUUUUUUUCCUGUACUCGCUACUGAGUCUCUUAAAUACAGGGUUUUUGAAAGUCUAAGUUGCAGUAGAGGCCAAGGCUGAUACUGACAAAGGCCUGAAAAUGUUCUAGGCAAUGUUCUAGGUUCUAGGUUUUAUGCACAUAAACCCUUCUUUCAUUUAUUGUUAUUGUUUUGUUAUUAUACUAUUUUGCUGUGCACAGAAACUGAUGUGGUUUUGUUCAUGAAUUCUGGGAUGUUAAUUUGGGAUAUCGACUUAGGGUUCAAAAGUAUGAAUAUUAUGUAUGAAACAAUGGAAAAUAUAUUAAGUAUGAUAUCCUUCUAACCCUACAUGGCUUCUUCCUUCCCCUUAAAUUUAAAAAACAUAGCCUUUGCAGGGAUCCAAUGAUCAGUCCAAUGAAAUGUAAAAAGAGAAGGGGUUCUAAAUAAACCACACAGAGGGUUGAUGUCAAUGCAGUGAUCAAACUGAUUUACAUUCAAAAAUGUAAACUGUUGCAAAAACUAGAGAACACUUGUACUCCUAACUUCUAGAGAAUGGACUGAAAUCAGUAAUGCAAUAGCAUAUUAUUCAUGAAAAGGAAUGCGCACAUGCACAGAAAAAUGUUUUUAAUAUAUACAGAAA